AUGGCUUUUCGCUUGUGGGAUUUGUACGAGUUUCCGCUCUUGCAGAGCACAACCAAACAUUCAUGGGCCAUCAAGACGGUUACUCAACGAGAAGCCACGCUCAUUUUCGCUAUGCAAACAGAUCGAAAAAACGUCAUGUCUGAAGAUAUAAGUCGAUUCGACGAUUGCAAAUUAAUCAAUGCGAAACUCUAUCUGAAUUCGGAAUGUUAUCCGUAUGAUGACUUGAAUCUGGAUUUUGAUAAAAACAGAUGUGCGAUUCUGUAUGAUUUGUACGCGCGUUUCUGCAAGGGCUACGAGUAUCUCGAGCCGAGUCUCACCUUUAUGACUUUUUUAUGUAAUGCCCCGUUCGUGAUCAUCGAUUGCUCUCGACAGAACAAAUCGGUCAAGAGUGGCACCGUGGACAUGCGAUUAGACUUUGAAUAUAAGGAGAAUGUUCCUGCAAAUAUAACAGCCUAUUGUCUCAUCAUACACGUUUGCGUUCAGUAUAAUCCAUUGACCAACGUUGUGCGCAAAAUCACCUAA